CGCGAUGAGCGGCGCCUGCACGAGCUACGUGAGCGCCGAGCAGGAGGCGGUGCGCGGCUUCAGCUGCCCGCGGCCGGGGGGCGAGGCGGCCGCCGUCUUCUGCUGCGGCUUCCGCGACCACAAGUACUGCUGCGACGACCCGCACAGCUUCUUCCCCUACGAGCACGGCUACAUGUGGUGGCUCAGCGUCGGCGCGCUCCUGGGCCUGUCCGUAGCAGCAGUGGUCCUCCUGGCCUUCGUUAUCACCGCCUGUGUGCUCUGUUUCUUGUUCAUCAGCGCAAAGCCUCACCCAAAGUUGGACCCAGGCUUAAGUUUGCAGACAACAGGCCGGGAGGACUUACCCACCGACCAUCAGGGUGUGAGCACAGGCAUCGCAGCAGUGUGCCCUCGGGGCAGCGUGACCCCUUCUUGAACCCACGUCUGGAAGGCAAGGAGAACAAGCACUGGUUGCCUCCGCGGGUACUGCUUCACGGCCACAGUGACCACCAGUGACAUUCCAGGCAGCCCUAAGGCCCUUGUCCCCCACCCUGACCCAUGUGGACCAGUCCCAUAA